ACAGAGAGUUCUAGCUGCCUUCACCAUGAUCUUUAUCCUGCUGCCAACCCUCCUGGGUGUCACCCUCAUGCUGCCCCGAAUGCAGGCACUGACCUGUCAGUCGGGAACAUUGAUGUCUGUGGUGAAUGCAUCAACACUGCCCUUGCAGUGGACAGCUCCUGAGAUUGAAUGUGAGGAUGGCUGGGGUUGCCAAGACAUGCUGAUGGUCAUAGAGAAUGAACCCAAAGCACUCGUCGUGGCCAUCAAGGGCUGUACCUUAGAAAAAGAUCAUGAUGUCCGAGUCACCCAGCACAGGACAGGCCCUGGCCUCUCCAUUGUCUCCUACACCCACGUGUGCCGUGAGAAGCUCUGCAACCUCCUCUCCACCACCCUUCCUGUCUGGACCUCGUCCCCCUCCACAGGUCCGGAGUCCUCUGUGCGGUGCCCAGUCUGCUUGUCUACGGAAGGCUGUGAAUCUGCAACAGAGCUGAAAUGUCCUGUUGGGCACACACACUGCUACAAUGGGGUCCUCCAGCUCAAGGGAGAGAACAUCCUCACCAACGUGAGAGUCCAAGGAUGCAUGCCCCAAGCAGCCUGCGACCUGCUGAAUCAGACUCAGAAAAUCGGGCCCUUGUCUGUGAGGGAGAACUGUGAUUCUAAUGCUUUUCUGACCUGUCAACAGGGGAUCAUGUUACAGACUAAGCCAAACCUGACUGAGAAACCCAUCCAAUGGAACGCAUUGAGGAGCGUCAUGUGUGAUUUGGAGGAGGUGUGUCAGGAGACACUUCUGCUCAUAGAUGUAGGACCCAGCUCACUCAUAGUGGGGAGCAAAGGCUGCAGCAGUGCCCGAACCCGGGAUUCUCAGACUGUGACCAUCCACUCGGCACCCCCCGGAGUGCUUGUUGCCUCUUAUGCCCAUUUCUGCUCCUCCAGCGGCUGCAACAAGGCCCAGAAUAGCAGUGUCCUGUUGAACUCCCUCCCUCACCCAGCUUCUCCUGCCCCGGGAGACCUGCAGUGUCCUGCCUGUGUGGGAUUCCAUGGCUCAUGUACUACAAUUGUCACGUGCCCUAAUGGCACCAGUCAUUGUUACAGUGGUUCCAUGCGCUUCAUCGGAAGUAAGCUGAGCGCCACAGUUAACAUUCAGGGCUGCGUGGCCCAUCGUUCCAGUUCCUUGCUGAACCGUACCAACAAUAUUGGGGACUUUAAUGCAUUGGAGAACUCUGGGAAUGAAAAUGAGCCUACCAUCCAAGGCAGAGCUGGAGCUGCCCCUGCCCCCUACCUGGCUUGGGUGGUGGGGCUGGGGCUGUCCCUAGCCCUUUGGUGUGGGGUGCCCUCCCUGCUGGCUCCAUUUCCCCAUGAACCUUAGUCCCUGCUGACCCCCUAAACUCAAAACUCCCUUGACCUCAUAACCAAACACUGAGUGAUUUUCCCAUCUUCUCCAUGAAUUCUCAUCCUCACGCAACCCACACACCUUGUGACUGUUACCAACAUAUGGAGGAGCCUGGGAGCAGUUGAAGUUUCCCUGUGGGAGAGUGGACAUUCAAGCAGUGGCCACGUGUGUGUGAUGAAUAAAGAUAUUGCCCUU